UCCUGAGAUGGGAGAUCCCGAGGAAACAUUUGGACUCUCGAACACGAAACACGACCCGAACGCAAAGGAAUUGCAAAAUGAAAGCAAAGAGGAAAUUCAUAAAGUGACUUCGAGCAAAUCCCCAUCGCCGCAGACAACUUUUAUCCAACAGGUUAGAGGAAUGGAGGGCAUAAAAGUUUAUUUGCACGAAGGAGAACUUUGGACAAAGUUUGACGAAGUGGGGACUGAAAUGAUCAUCACCAAAGCGGGGAGGCGAAUGUUUCCAAGCUACAAAGCAAAGGUGACUGGAUUGAAUCCCAAAACAAAAUAUAUUCUGUUAAUGGAUGUGGUGCCUGCGGACGACCACCGUUACAAAUUCGCCGACAACAAAUGGUCUGUGACGGGAAAGGCCGAGCCCGCAAUGCCCGGAAGACUGUACGUCCACCCAGACUCGCCGGCGACCGGGGCGCAUUGGAUGAGGCAGCUCGUCUCCUUCCAGAAGCUAAAGCUAACGAACAACCACCUCGACCCUUUCGGGCAUAUCAUAUUAAAUUCCAUGCACAAAUAUCAGCCGAGGAUCCACAUCGUGAAAGCGGACGAAAAUAACGGAUUCGGUUCCAAAAACACGGCUUUUUGCACGCACGUGUUCUCGGAGACAGCUUUCAUUGCUGUCACGUCGUAUCAAAACCACAAGAUAACUCAGCUGAAGAUUGAGAACAACCCCUUUGCCAAGGGCUUCCGGGGCAGCGACGACCUGGAGCUGCACCGCAUGUCCAGAAUACAGAGUAAGGACUACCCGGUGAUCCCCCGCAGCGUGGUCCGCCAGAGGGGCGGGUCCAGCCCCAGCCCCUUCAGCGGGGAGGGGCAGUGUCUGGCCACGCCCCCGGGCCUGGGCUCACCAUACUCCUGUGACAACGAGGUCCCCAGCCCCUCCCUGGAGGGGCAGCCUCAGUCUGGCCCCUACCCCCUCCCCCACGAGCACGGCCAGGACUACCACUGCCCCAAGAGGAAAGUGGCUGAGGACAGUCAUGCAGGUGAUCACCUGUACAGGAAGUCCUACAUGGAGAGCCCCCCUGGCGACGGCGACCCGUACUACCGGCCGUCCGGCUACGCCCCGCCCCUGGGCCUCGGUGGCGGCCCCUACAGGACAGAGUCGGCGGCGCAGCGGGCGGCCUGCAUGUACGCGGGCGUGUCGCCGGGGGCGGAGCUGGCGCCCGGCCUGGAGGACCUGAGCUGCGGCGCCUGGGCGGGCGUGUCCCCCUACGGCGGGUGCCCCGUGGCGGGCGUUCAGCCGCCCGAGCGCCUGCCCUACCAGCACUUCCCCGCCCCCUUCCCCUCGGGGCCCCUGGUGACCCGGCUGGGCGGGAUGGGCGGCCACGCCUCCCCGCAGCGGGGCGACGCCCACAGCCACGCCCACGCCCUGUACCACAGCCCCGUGCCCCACCAGCCCCUCGCCCGGGCGCACGGCCCCAGCGCGGGCAUCCAGUCGCCGCCCGCCAGUCUCCAGGGAAACGAGUACCUGUACCCCUCUGGGGGACCCCUCGCGCUCUCCCCGCACCAGUACCACACGGUGCACAGCGUCAGCAUCGUCCCGGACUGGAACCAGAGCAGCUAGAGGGAGAGGCUUGAGUUUUUGGACAAUUUUUUAGACGGUUCCAUCCUUCUACGCAAGAAACUUGGGUUGGGGCUGACCAGCAGGGUUAAAUUAUGAAUUUGUAUAUUUUAUAUGUGCUAAGAGAAAGAGGAACUCCCUUAAAGCUACGAAGGCAUUCUUCUUUAAAGCUACAGAGACAGUCCUUUAAAGCUAUGGAGACACUCCCUUAAAGCUACAGAGACAUUCUCCUAUAAAGCGUCCAAGGAUGAUUCUGCCUGCAAGAGGUUUCAUACAAACAUCCAGAACCAGUUUCCAUUGGUCGGGUACAUGGCAGAGGUCUGCUGAAACCUGGCAGAAUGAACCAUUCACGCAUAAAGAGGAACUCAGUCU